AUCUCUGAAAGACGAGACCCUUGUACUUCCGGUAGCGAGAUUGCCCACUGCGCAGGACAGGAAUCGACCAUUGUAUUGGGUAUUUUGUGAAGGGUUGGACAGUUUAUUGUUUAUUUGACUGGAUUAUCCGCAACAACAUCGGCAUGUCAGUCACCAAAUUACCAAAUCCGUUGUACUACUUCCCAAAACCUAACCGCUGGCAAAGAGGCGUCGGUGCUGAAUUACCAGAGGCGUAUAGAAAAUUCUGGCGCGAGUGGAAGCUCCAGAGGCCCACAGCAAUUCAUUACAUCCCGGAGGAGGGAAAGUAUAAAUGGGAUGAAAAUCGUCAGACUGUGUUGCCAGUCCAGAACAUUCCUCUCCCUCUAAAGUACCCCAAACAAUUCGAUUAUGGACUUUGGGGUGGUGAGGGAAUUGUCCAGGGCUUCCGCAAGAAGGGAAAAUACUGCAGGAGAGUAGCCAAGUUCUGGGUGCCCAAGCUUAGAAAUUCCGUUGUUUAUAGCGAGGUGUUGGAUAAACACAUGAAGACCACUGUGACAACGAGAACUAUUGAUUUGAUUCAUGAAAAUUAUGGCUUCGAUCAUUAUCUGCUGAAGACACCGGCCUGCGACUUGAGAUCACUAUUAGCUGUCAAACUCAAGAGAGAAAUUUUGAUAGCAUUGGCUGAUAAGACGCUGUAUCCAAACGAUCCUGAAAAGCGUGAAGAAGUUUACAACACAUAUAAAGACUAUCUGUCGGCGAUUUCGUCGCCAUGUCGAAAUAAAAUGUCAGUCGGCACUCACUCGAUCAAAAUUUCUAAGUUUAAUGUAGGAGAAUAUUCUUAUCGUCAUUUUAAAAAUAUAUUCCAGUACACGAGAGAGGAAAUUGAGUGGUAUGGUUUGUCCUGGAAGGAUGCGGUGAAGAAAUUCAUAGCAUUGAAGGCACCUACUCUGGAGCCAGAGCCAUUCAAGAUUAGGUAUAGAUCUGAAUUAAUUGCUGAACUGAAAGCAGCUAAAGUUGCAGAGGCUGUUGAUGCAGAAGUUGAACGACCAAGUGACUCGUGGAUCUCCAAGAUUAAUCCAUUCUCAAAAACCCCAAAGACAGAGUGAUGAAGCUCUGCAUCUCCAAUGUAAAUAAACAAUAGCGAACGAACUAAAAUUAAAACCAGUUUGAUAAUUAAAUCAACAAUCUAUUCAUACUGAUUUUAUGCAGUAAGAAUCCCAAAUAAUAAACAAAUUACACCCAAAA